GCUGUCUCUUUUCUUCUUCUUCUUCUUCACAUCGCUUCUUCCCAUUUAAACCAAGAUUGAAAUCAAAAUCGAAAUUAGGGUUUUGAUUUCUCAAAGUUUAAGCUACAAUGUCUUACAACGAUACAGGAAUCGAUGAGAAUGACGAAGAUUACACUUCUCAGAUUGAUCGUGUCUCCCGUCACAAGACGUACAGUUCUCGGGAAUCUGAACAUGAUAGGUCAAGGACUCGAGGCAGGGGAAAUGAUCAUGACCGCUAUCGUGGCGGGUAUAAAGAUGGAAGUGUGAGGAAUGAUGGAAGAAGAGAUAAAUUCGGUGAUUUUGAACGUCAUGAAAGGAGUAGCCGUGGUCGUAAUUAUCAUAGGCACCGUGAUUAUGAUGGUGAUAGAGGAAGAAGGAAUGGAAACAGAUCAAGUUCUUAUUCUCAGGGUAAAUUUCAGAAUCGAUCUAGGUCACGCUCUCGUUCGCGAUCUCCUUCGAAAAGCAAGCGGAAAAGUGGUUUUGACAUGGCUCCAUCUGAGGUGGGCAUGCUUCCUGGUGCUGCUGUGGCAGUUAAUGAUGCUGGACAACUGCCAAGUCUUCCUCAAACAAUGCCAGGAGUGGUACAGAACGCUUUACAAUUUGGAACAACACAGUAUGGAGUUUUUCCAUUAAUGCCUGCCCAGGCCAUGACCCAGCAGGCAACAAGGCAUGCACGGCGUGUUUAUGUUGGUGGUCUCCCUCCCCUGGCUAAUGAACAGACAAUUGCAGCAUUCUUUAGCCAUAUUAUGGCUUCCAUUGGAGGAAAUGCUGCUGGUCCAGGUGAUGCAGUGGUGAAUGUAUACAUAAAUCACGAGAAGAAAUUCGCGUUCGUGGAGAUGAGAACUGUUGAAGAAGCAAGCAAUGCAAUGGCUUUAGAUGGAAUUAUUUUUGAGGGGGUUGCUGUGAGAGUUCGGAGGCCUACUGACUACAAUCCGUCAUUGGCUGCGACUCUGGGUCCUAGUCAACCAAGUCCUCUCCUUAACUUAGCUGCUGUUGGUCUCAUACCAGGUACAAUUAGUGGAGCAGAAGGACCUGAUCGUGUCUUUGUGGGUGGAUUGCCAUAUUACUUUACUGAGUUACAGAUUAGAGAGUUGCUAGAAUCUUUUGGACCUCUCCGUGGUUUUGACCUUGUGAAGGACAGAGACACUGGGAACUCUAAAGGAUAUGGUUUCUGUGUCUAUCAGGAUCCUGCGGUGACUGAUAUUGCAUGUGCUGCUCUAAAUGGCUUGAAAAUGGGAGAUAAAACUCUAACUGUCCGUCGUGCUACUGAAAGUGGUGGGCAGUCCAAGUCAGAACAGGAAAAUAUAUUGGCUCAAGCUCAGCAGCAUAUAGCUAUCCAGAAAAUGGCCUUGCAAGCUGGUGUUAUGAAUCUUCCUGGAGUAGGGAUACCGUUGGCAGAAUCUUCGUACACUCCAUCUAAAGUUUUAUGCUUGACUGAGGCUAUUACCAUGGAAGUACUAGCAGAUGAUGAAGAGUAUGAAGAAAUAUUAGAAGAUAUGCGGGAAGAAUGUUGUAAAUUUGGAACUUUGAUCAAUGUUGUUAUUCCUCGCCCAAGUCAGAAUGAAGAGAAAAUGCCUGGCGCUGGAAAGGUGUUCUUGGAGUAUUCUGAUACCAUUAGUUGUGCAAAUGCAAGAAAUGCACUAAAUGGGAGGAAAUUUGGAGGGAAUACUGUGAAUGCGUUGUAUUAUCCAGAAGAGAAGUAUUCUAAUGGAGAUUAUGGCGCAUAAGAAACUUAGGAACACGAUUCCCUUUCUCAAGUUCUGUAUCACAGUUUAUAUUAUAUUAUCGAAUCAUUUAUUGUCAACUGUUAGCAGCUACUUCCUGCGCAGAUAUCUCAGGUAUGUAAAUAUAACUUUGUGUCGACUGUCAGCAACAAAAAGCAUAAUCUGUUAGUUAAGGUGGCUUGUUCCUUGUCCAUUCUCUUUCAUCCCUCGUGCCCCAUUGUUUCGAGCAACUUGUGGAUUCUGGCAGUGGUUGUUUAAGGGGUUGGUUGAGCAGCGGGAACUUCUGUUUAUUGAUGAAACGCAAUAUUGUUAAAAGACUUUUUAUCUUGCAAUUUUUAAGAUUCCAAGCAAUAGUGUUUUGUAUGUUAAGAAAUCUCAAAUUAUGAGGAAGUGAGAAACGGUGUUUGCCAUGUGUGAUCGCAUUUCUGGACAUGUCUUGUCUAUAACAGCAUUUCACAUCAGUUCAUGUGUAAAUGUUAUGGGUUCUGAGUAGUUUU